AUGUCUUACGUCCACUGGAUUCUCGACCCUCAUCCUCUCGAGCUCCCGCGGAUGCGACGCAACUUCGGGGACUACGACUUCCGCAACUUUGACUACGUCGCGCGCAUACGAGACGAAAUCUUUCAGCGCGAUGCAGAGACGACGAAGAAGGACAAGACGGCGUUCGAUAUCGAGAUCGGCGAUACUCAGCUCCGCUGGAACAGCAUACCCACCUAUUGGAUCUCGUCCAGCAACGCUCUCGAGGAAGUAGGAUCCAUCCACACCGUGCAAGGCUGCGAUCUAAACUACGUGAGAGUCAUUGAGAAGGGUAAGGAGAACAACCCGGGUCUCGGCAAGACCUACUCGGACGACGACUUGUUGGGAUUCAUCACGCAGAUCUAUGCCGUGCUUAUGACGCGCGGCAUCCGGGGGAUGUAUGUGUACGCCUACGAUCCUGGGUUGUGGGAGUAUCUUAAGGGCUUCAUUCCAUUCCAUUCGUGA